GCCCAAUCCUAGCGCGUUGUGUUUAUACGUCUGUGUGUUUAUACAAGCGUUUUCGUCUUUCGAUUGCUGUAGCUAGCAAUAUAUUGUUAAUCAGUGGAUUACUGUACCUUGCCUUGUUGCAGUUUUUGUUUGCAACUAAAACCAAACUGAAAGAUAGUAGAAUUCCUCAGUGAAGCGAUUUAAUCGCCGAGAGGUUUGUUUCAUAUUUAGCACGUAGAUAAUACUGAAUAUGACUGAAACUGAAGCUGCAGUUAAUCCAAAAGCGUAUCCGUUAGCAGACGCACCCUUGACUGCGAAAAUUCUGAAUCUGGUGCAACAAGCUUCAAACUAUAAGCAGUUGCGUAAAGGUGCCAAUGAGGCUACUAAGACUUUGAAUCGAGGUCUUUCAGAGUUUAUUAUUAUGGCAGCUGAUACUGAACCUUUGGAAAUAGUCUUACACAUUCCAAUUCUAUGUGAGGACAAAAAUGUGCCAUAUGUGUUUGUGAGAUCCAAGCAAGCUUUGGGCAGGGCAUGUGGUGUCUCCCGGCCAAUUAUUGCCUGUUCUAUUACAAUUAAUGAGGGUUCACAAUUGUCUCCACAAAUUGAAAGUAUUCAACAAGAAAUAGAAAGACUAUUAGUUUAAGUGCAACCAUAUGUGCAGUUAAAAUUGCAGUGUAUGAAGUUACAUAUUAAUAAUUUUUAUAAAAAUUAAAAUUAUGAAAAAGGAGUUUUUUUUUAUAUCAAGACACAUUUAUUUUAAUUUUACAUCACUUGGUCCCUUAUAUUAUAAAGCAUGUCAAAUAAUUUGUCAUUCAAAAAACUCUUUUGCUCUCAAGUUCCAAUUGUCUUCCCAUCGAGAU